AUCAGCCGUGAAGUCUGCCCGCGACGUCGCGCAACGCCGAGAAAAUCUGUUGUAUUAUACACUCGACACCGUACACAUCCCGCCGCCAUAGCAGCAGCUCAUCGCAAUCGAUCGCAAGCUGUGCGCUAACUUCCGUCGGCUUCGUUGUAAAAACGCUGCCGGCACCGCGAGAGCUGCGUUGUGAAAAAAAGCUGCCGUUCCCCGCCGCUGUCAGGCCGUGUCGCGCGAAACCUGUGAAAGAGGCCGAUGACCCUUGCAUCAAGCAGGCGAUACUUUCACUAGUACAUAACGCGCGCUUUGCGAAAAGUCGGCUGAAAAAAGGGGCUGCAUCAGCUUGGCAUAACGAAAAUACGCGCAUAACGCGAUUCGCCGGAUGCGUUUUCAAGAGCGGCGCAGCAGCUUUAUAUUCUCCUCCGAUCGAUCGAUCUCAGGCGGCUGAGAAAAAAGGCGAAAGCAGCGACCAAUGUUUCUAGCCGAGCGGCCACGCGACGGCAGGGGGGAAGCCCGCGUUCCGCCGAGUCAAUAUAAAGCCGCAGCCUCCAUUCUCGACCAAGUCAUUUCGCGAGAAAGUGAUGAGCAUUAACGAGCACUCCUGAAGCAUGGGACUGCGCGAGGUAAGCUCCCGUCGAGGCACAGGCCCAUCGACGUCUCGUCCGUCCACGUACUCAUUCGCUCGUUCGCAGAUUUCCAUCGCCCUGCUGGGCCUGGCCCUGGCGACGCUCGGCUCCCCCGGCGACUCGGACUACCCCCGGUUCGGCAUCCGCAGCUCCUGGCUCGGCAGCCAGCCCUUCGACAGCCUGAAGAAGGUCCCCACCGAGGACAAGGCCCCGAGGAAGAAGCCCGUGCCGGCGUUCUACGGCCUGCCGGGGGACCCGAAGAUCAAGGAGAUCCUCCUCGGGUCCGGGCCGCCCUACUGCCAGGAGAUCAGCCCCAAGGACAGCCGGGCCGGGACCAGCGCCGGCAGCGAGGCCGGAGUCCAGGAGAAGCAGAUGCGCUGCUACAGGUGCAAGGACCCGAAGAACGACUCGACCUACGAGCGCUGCUCCUACGGCUCCCAGCCGCCAAGUGAGAGCCCCAGGGCCGAGAAGGGCAGCCCGGACAGCCUCGGCGCCGGCUCCCACCCGGCCAAGUCCAGCCGCAAGGCCCGGGAGGACUCGGCGGAGAAGCUGCCCGAGGCGUACCGCUUCAGCGAGGACUACUUCCAGCCCGAGGCCUCGCACGAGAAGAACGCGAAGAACCUGGACAACUGCGAGCGCCUGGUCAAGGACUCGAUGGUCUGCAUGGUCUGCGAGGAUCCCAAGACCAGCGGCAAGUACGAGCAGUGCUCCUACGUGGCCCAGCCGAACGAGAAGGCCUACGCCUACUCCAAGUCCAGCUCGUUCGGCGGCGCCAAGCCCCGGGAGGAGGCGCAGAAGCGGCCCCGCAAGCGCGACAAGCAGGACGAGAAGGCGGAGGAGGAGGAGGAGGAGGAGGAGGAGGACCAGGGGGAACACAACUGGGCCGGCGGCGACGACAACCGCUACCCGAGCAGCUACGACAGCUACGAGGCCGAGGAGGAAGAGGCGGCCACGCAGAGCGCCAACAGCGAGUCCAACUGCGAGACGCUGCAGAAGGACGGCCAGUCCUGCACCGUCUGCACGAACCCCAAGACCGGCGGCAAGUCCGAGCAGUGCGCCUACUCGCACGAGCCCAAGGACAAGGUCUACAAGUACAGCAAGUCCAAGAGCUUCGGCUACCCGGAGUCUGCUCAGAAGGCUGAGGAGGAGGCGGAGGAGGAGCGCCGCGACAGCAGCUACGAGGCCGAGCCCUCCAGCCUCGACUACAUCCGCUCGGAGAGCGAAAAGAUCUCGAAGCAGGUCAGGGCCCAGGGCGACUGCCGGAAGGUCAAGCGCGACGAGGAGCUCUGCACGAUCUGCAAGGACCCCAAGACCGGCGGCGAGAACGAGCAGUGCAGCUACUCGUACGAGCCCGAGGACGAGCUCUUGGCCUACACCAAGUCCAAGUCGACGAGCGACGACGAGUACGCCGGCAGCGGCGAGGAGCGGCCCGAGGAGAGCUCGUACUCGCCGACCCUCGACUACAUCCCCAAGAGCAGCGUCUACGCGAGCCGCAGACCGCAGGUAGCUAGUAUAGCAGUAGGCCGGCGUCCAACUAGUUCAUAUAGUUAUAUAGUUCGCGGUAGUUUAGUUGAGUUUUAUACGAUGCUAAACGCGAGGGAGGUAUCGCAGGCCGAGGAGAAGCAGAAGAAGAGGCAGAAGAAGAAGCAGGAGAAGAAGCAGGAGAAGAAGCAGGAGAAGCCGGACCGGGUGGACAACGGCUUCUACGACGCGACUCUGCGCCGCGCCGAGAUCGAGAAGAUCGUCAAGGACAUCGGCUCGGAGGAGGACCGGAGCAAGUGCAAGAGGAUGUACCGGAACGGCAUGACCUGCUACAGCUGCGCCGACGAGCGGGGCUUCGUCAACGAGGAGUGCGCCUUCGUCAACGAGCCCGAGUCCAGGAGCAUCGGCAGCACGAGCAAGCGCAAGACCCGGGCGACCGCCGACGAGGCCGAGCCCUACGACUACGUGCCCGAGACCCGGCCCCUCUACGACAAGCUACUCGGCGUCAGCCUGCCGGCCUACAUGAUCACCAAGUCCGCGCAGGAGGCCGAGUUCGACGAGUACGUCGAGAAGGCCAAGUUCUAAAAGUCUGACGAUAACUAAUAAUAUAAGACGCAUAUACAUGUAUAAGCUUAUAGCGGAGCGAGAGAAAACCUGGCGAAAUAAACACAGGAAGAGAA